UCUGAAUGAGUUGUAAAGGUAACAUUGUUGUGCACUUUUGGACAACAUGAACAUAAUAUCAACUUUAUUUUAAAUGUUUUAUGUUUAAAAAAGUAUAUUAUUUUCACAGAAUGUUCUUUACAUUAUUUAGGAUACAGUACAUCAUACAAAGUGCAAAAAUUUAUGAUUCUCAUGUAAAAACAAUAAUGAAACCCAACCCCUAACCCCGCUCUUAACCCCAACCUCACAGGGGUCAAGGAAAAUCGUGCAAAAAUCUACAAAUGUGGUCGUAUGAAUUAAUACGAAUUAGCCAACUUGUAAAAUAUGUACAAAUUCUUGACAGAUGGCGUUGGUAUAAAACAUAUGAGGAGCUCAGAUGCAAAAGCUGCUAAACGCCACCUCCAUCAAAAAUGAGAUAAUGAUAUUAACCGAAUGCUCUUGGGACAUAUUAUACGUUUAUCAAAUACUUUCGCUUCAAAUCUGCUUAAUCCCUGCCUCCGGCCAUUCCGAAAUACCGGCUUGUUGGUAGAAUCCAUUAAGAGUCUGAUAAAAAAAUGCUAAUUUACAAUAAAACAAAUAUGAUGCACUUAGAGGGAUUUGCAUCUGAGCUCUUUAACAUCACAUUUAGAAAUGAAUACAUUGACAAUGCUCCUGUCUAAGAGAUAUAAAGAUGACAUUGUUGCUUAAAGUUGCAUGCACUUUUAAUUAGGUAAUAGUCUUUGUCAAGCACCCCUGGUUGUUGGGGUGACCCUGGCCAGAUGGUAAGUUAUCAGUGUUUAUAACGCAUGAUUUUAGUGGUGCCUUGGCUGAUAGACCAGCCAAAGUUAAUUGAAAUGUCAUUAAAGUUUGGGCUAAUGGGGGUUGGGGCGCAAGGGGUUAGUUUGAGUCCACUAGUCCUGCUGUUGGAUAUGUGUUUCAUUAAUAAUAAGGCAUUUUUUUGGUGGGGCUCCACCUGCUGCCACCUGUUAAUCUCUAUAUAAGCAUCGUGUAUCCUUAUGGCAAAGCAGAAGCCUCAAGGUCUGGGCUCACAGAGUACACAGAGUCAUUUCUGGAUUUAGUAGCGGUCAAUACAAGAAGAACAGGCUUUUUGUCCCCACUCUUGUGCCUGGAGAAAUUAUCUUUCCUCAAAGAAUCUUCAAAAGGACAAUUGCUGUGUUUGGUGGACCUUUGGCCCAGCAUCCAGGAGUCAUGAAGCCCCGCAGACCUAGCUGUGGAGAUUCAGGGUCAGAGUCUGACUCCAGAGAACCUGAGAAGUUUGAGAACGCGGUGCGGCGAAGGAUGGCAGCCAACGCUCGCGAGAGGAAGAGGAUGGAGGGCUUGAACACUGCAUUUGAUCUGCUCCGUAAAGUGGUUCCACAAUGGGGUCAGGACAAGAAACUCUCUAAAUAUGAAACUCUACAAAUGGCCCUGAGCUACAUUAUGGCCCUCGAUCGGAUCCUGACUGAUGGCAGUAGACAUGCGGCUCCUCCGAAAGAUUGGCUUGAUAUGCAGUUCCACAGCCUGCAGCCAGAGACCUAUUCUUGCUAUAUGCAGUAUAACUCUCCUACUGAAAAUGACUGCAUGCACAGCACAUUCUCCUAUCACUACGAAACUCUCUAAGUGUUCAUCUUAUUCAGUGGUGUCUUAACUUGUAUCAGUCUUUUCACAGAUACAACCGUUAGUAAAUACAUAUGUAUUAUUAUGUAAUAUAUUAUUUUGAUUGUUCUGAAAGUCAAUAGUUUGAAGCGUUUAAUAAAGUCUAGGCAUAAUAUUUCUAGACAUAUUUGCUUUAAUUGUUGCUAAAAAGAUGUUUUUUGUGCAUUUUUUAAACAAUCUUCCAUUAUGCAACUAUCAUUGAUGGUUUUAUGUGUUACUAGCGUGUUUCAUGUGUUUUAUGUUACUCUCUACAUCAGAUUUUAUUUAUUUUUGUAUUAAGUCUUUCGAGAAAA